AUGGUCUCUCCUGCCAUCGCUCUGGCCUUCAUCCCAUUUCUGAUGACCCUCAUCAUUCGUUACCGCCACUACUUCCUGCUGUUCUGGCGGGCAGUAAUUCUCCGGAAGAUUCAGGACUACACAACCGGCCUGUCCAGGGAAGAGAGGGCCUUCCAGUAUGUGAUGACGCACAGCAUUCCCGGGGAUCCGGAAAACAUCAUCAGCACCUUCGACACAUGGUGCUAUCGUUCGGAAUACCUGAGCAACGUUGGGCCAGAGAAAGGGAAGAUCCUGGAACGCCUGAUCUCUGAGACUGUUCCCUUAACUGUGCUGGAACUGGGGACUUACUGUGGUUACUCAGCUCUCCGUAUGGCCAGGAACCUGUCCCUCAGUGCCAGGCUCUACACGGUGGAGAUGGACAAGGGGAAUGCAGCAGUGGCUGAGAAAAUAAUCCGCCUGGCAGGAUUCGACGAGGACACGGUGGAGCAAAUCAUUGGUCCAACUGAUGAAGUAAUCCCUCAGUUGAGAGAAAGUUUUGGAGUGGACAAGUUUGACUUUGUUUUUAUGAACCAUUGGAAACGCUGCUACCUCAGGGACCUGCAGUUACUGGAAGACUAUGACCUGCUGCAGGAGGGAAGUAUUGUUGUGGCAGACAACGUGAUCUUCACUGGAGCUCCCCACUUCAUGCAGUACGCCAAGAGCUGUGGCAAAUACAGCUGGAAAAUCCACCGCACACACCUCGAGUAUUUCCGACAUAUCAGAGACGGAAUGGCAGAGCUAACCUACAUUGGGCUCAAGUGAAGUACA